AUGCCUAAAAGAGCUAUUGAUUCGCGUAUUCCAGCGUUGAUACGUAAUGGGGUUCAAGAAAAUCAAAGAUCUUUUUUCAUUAUAGUCGGUGACAAAGCUAAAAAUCAAUUACCAAAUUUACAUUACUUAAUGAUGAGUGCUGAUUUAAAAAUGAAUAAAUCAAUAUUAUGGGCAUAUAAAAAGAAGUUAUUAGGUUUCACAUCACAUAGACAAAAAAGGGAAACUAAAAUUAAAAAGGAAAUAAAGAAAGGGAUUAGAGAAGCAAAUGAUCAAGAUCCAUUCGAAGCUUUCAUUUCAAAUCAACAUAUAAGAUAUGCAUAUUAUAAAGAAACUGAUAAAAUCCUUGGUAAUACUUAUGGGAUGUGUAUUUUACAAGACUUUGAAGGAUUAACUCCAAAUUUAUUAGCAAGAACUAUUGAAACUGUAGAAGGUGGAGGUUUAGUUGUAAUUUUAUUAAAAUCAAUGACUUCAUUGAAACAAUUAUAUACAAUGUCAAUGGAUAUACAUUCAAGAUAUAGAACAGAAGCUCAUGAUGAUGUUGUUGCAAGAUUCAAUGAAAGGUUUUUAUUAUCUUUAGGUAAUUGUGAAAAUUGUUUAGUUGUUGAUGAUGGAUUAAAUGUUUUACCUGUAUCUGGUGGUAAAAAUGUUAAACCAUUACCUCCGAAAGAUGAAGAUGAAGAAGAAACAUCCAAGCAAAAAGAAUUAAAGGAGCUUAAAGAAAGUUUGAGUGAAGUUCAACCAGCUGGUUCAUUAGUUGCAUUAGCUAAAACUAUAAAUCAAGCACAAGCUAUUUUAACUUUCAUUGAUGUUAUAACUGAAAAAUCCUUAAGAAGUACAGUUACAUUAACUGCAGGAAGAGGUAGAGGUAAAUCUGCAGCUUUAGGUAUUUCAAUAGCAGCUGCAAUAAGUCAAGGUUAUUCAAAUAUUUUUGUAACUUCACCAAGUCCGGAGAAUUUAAAAACAUUAUUUGAAUUCGUUUUCAAAGGCUUUGAUGCUUUAGGAUAUACUGAACAUAUGGAUUAUGAUAUCAUCCAAUCUACAAACCCAUCAUUUAAUAAAGCUAUUGUCAGAGUGGAUAUAAAAAGAGAACACCGUCAAACUAUACAAUAUAUUUCACCAAAUGAUAAUUAUGUAUUAGGACAAGCUGAAUUAUUAAUUAUUGAUGAAGCAGCUGCUAUACCAUUACCAAUUGUGAAAAAAUUAAUGGGUCCAUAUUUGAUUUUCAUGGCUUCAACUAUAAAUGGUUAUGAAGGUACUGGUAGAUCUUUGUCAUUAAAAUUAAUUCAACAAUUGAGAAACCAACAACAACAACAAAAUACUCCACAAGAUACAGAAAUAAUAAGCAGAGAUAAUAAACAAGCUGAUUUAGGUUCAUUAACUAGAAAUUUAAAGGAAGUUGUUUUAGAUGAACCGAUUAGAUAUGCAAUGGGAGAUCCAAUUGAGAAAUGGUUAAAUAAAUUAUUAUGUCUUGAUGUUUCGUUAUCUAAGAAUUCAAAAUUUGCAACAAAAGGAACACCACAUCCAUCACAAUGUAAUUUAUUUUAUGUUAAUAGAGACACAUUAUUUUCAUAUCAUCCAGUUUCUGAAGCAUUUUUACAUAAAAUGAUGGCUUUAUAUGUUGCUUCACAUUAUAAAAACUCACCAAAUGAUUUACAAUUAAUGAGUGAUGCACCAGCUCAUCAAUUAUUUGUAUUAUUACCACCAAUUGAACAAGGAGAUAAUCGAAUACCCGAUCCUUUAUGUGUUAUACAAUUAUCAUUAGAAGGUGAAAUUUCAAAAGAAAGUGUUCGUAAAUCAUUAAGUAGAGGUCAAAGGGCUGGUGGUGAUUUAAUACCAUGGUUAGUAUCUCAACAAUUUCAAGACGAUGAUUUCGCAAGUUUGUCCGGGGCCAGAAUUGUUAGAAUUGCUACAAAUCCAGAGUAUUCAGGUAUGGGAUAUGGUUCAAGAGCAAUUGAAUUAUUAAGAGAUUAUUAUUCUGGUAAAUUUACUGACAUAAGUGAAUCAACAAAAUUAAAUGAUCAUAAACUCAAAAGGGUUUCUGAUAAAGAAUUGGCAAAUGCUUCAUUAAAAGAUGAAAUUAAAUUAAGAGAUGCAAAAACUUUACCACCAUUAUUAUUAAAAUUAUCUGAACAACCACCAUAUUAUUUACAUUAUUUAGGUGUUUCAUACGGUUUUACAUCACAAUUGCAUAAAUUUUGGAAAAAAUCUGGAUUUACACCUGUUUAUUUAAGACAAACACCAAAUGAAUUAACUGGUGAACAUACUGCUGUUGUAUUAAAUGUUUUACCAGGGAGAGAAAAUAAAUGGUUAAUUGAAUUUUCAAAAGAUUUCCAUAAAAGAUUCUUAUCUUUAUUAUCAUAUGAAUUUAAGAAAUUUCAAGCAUCACAAGCUUUAAGUAUAAUUGAAGCAACUGAACAAGGCGAAGAAGGUGAAGGUGGGGAAAGUUCAACAUCAAAAUUAACAAAAGAUCAAUUGGAUACAUUAUUAUCACCAUUUGAUUUGAAGAGGUUAGACUCUUAUGCUAAUAAUUUAUUAGAUUAUCAUGUUAUAGUAGAUAUGUUACCAUUAAUUUCUCAAUUAUAUUUUAGUAAAAAAACAGGAAAUGAAAUUAGUUUAUCAUCAGUUCAAUCGGCUAUUUUAUUAGCUAUCGGUUUGCAACAUAAAGAUAUGGAUCAAAUAUCAAAAGAAUUAAACUUACCUUCAAAUCAAUCAAUGGCCAUGUUUGCUAAAAUAAUAAGAAAAUUUUCGACGUAUUUUAGAAAAGUUUUAAGUAAAGCUAUAGAAGAAGAAAUGCCAGAAAUUGAAGAAGAUAAAGAAGAAGAAGAAGAAGAAAAAGAAAAAAAUAAAGUUGAUUAUGAAGCUAUACAACAAAAAUUACAAGAAGAUUUAGAUGAAGCUGGUGAUGAAGUAGUUAAAGAAUUGAAAGAAAAACAACGUGAACUAAUAAAUGCAUUGAACUUGGAUAAAUAUGCAAUUUCAGAUAAUGGAGAUUGGGAUGAGGACACUAUGAAAAAGGCAAUCAAGGACAAGAAUGGUAAAAUCAGUGUCAAAAGUGGUAAAAGAAAAACUACCGGAGAUAGUGCCACUGAUAUUUACGAAAAAGAAAUGA